AUGACCAAUCGAAAGGGCUCGUCGCUGGUCAGGCCGGCGGCUCCGGAUUUGGAGAUUCUGGGGGAUCGAGUGACGCUGCAUCCAAGCGGAUACAUCGAGCCCCCGGAGAAGCCUCAGGAUGGAGAUAGAGAGCGUACUUUGAUGGGAAGUAUGGCCAGGUUCCGGUCGAGCCCGCUAGAGUUCCUUCGAGAAGUAUCCCUUCAUGUCUCUGGGACGGGCUGGCGCGCCUACGAUGACUUCAUCGGCCAGCCCAUAUUCUACCCCGGAUUUUCGGAGCAAAUGAUUGCGGCGGUGCUCUCGGCGCCCAUAUUGCAGAAGCGAAUCACCGAGUUAGCAACGAAACGGAUUGCUGUCGAGCAGAAGGAGGGGUUGCUGGAUAUCAAUGAUCCUUUAUUCGACGCUAAACGGACGCAGAGGAAAGCCGCCCUUGAGUACAGUCUGCAUGAGCUCUGCGAAAGAAUGACGGGGGAUAUGAUUUGCAAAAUGGAGAGCAAACCGUUUAUUAGAGGGGCAUACUACUUCAUCACUCAGCUUUUGACGCGAGCCUACCACCAAGGAAUCCAUGUAUCCAGCGAAGAGGUACUCCGGUUGAGAGCGGUGGCUAAGAAGGCGGCCGAGAAGAAGCAGAGCAUCAUUUUCUUGCCCUGCCAUCGUUCACACGUAGACUACGUCUCCAUGCAAUUGAUUUGCUACCGCCUGGGCUUAGCACUUCCUACUGUGGUAGCUGGAGAUAAUCUAAACUUCCCUGUAGUUGGUAGCUUUUUGCAACAUGCUGGCGCAAUGUGGAUUCGACGAAGCUUUGGUGGCGACAUGCUUUACACGACACUGGUACAAUCAUAUAUAGAUACCCUGCUGCAAGGCGGCUACAACUUCGAAUGUUUCAUUGAAGGAGGACGUUCGAGGACGGGGAAGCUUUUGUCCCCCAAAUUCGGCAUCCUGAGCUUUGUUCUAGACAGUAUUUUAUCUGGUCGUGUUGAUGAUGCUAUUAUCUGCCCAGUGAGCACGCAAUACGACAAGGUUAUCGAGACUGAGGGUUAUGUUACGGAGUUGCUUGGAACGCCAAAAAGGAAAGAGAACCUGGCAGAUUUCCUUUCAGCAUCAUCAGUGCUUUCGUUAAAACUUGGGCGAAUUGAUGUCCGGUUUCAUGAACCUUGGAGUCUAAAACAGUUUGUGCAAGAACAACAACUUCGGGCUACUGGCGUACCGGCGAAUAUUGACACGAAAGAGGUCGAUGAUCGGACCAUGAGGCACAAGCUUCUCCGUACUUUAGGCUAUAAGGUACUCUCUGACAUAAAUGCUGUAUCAGUGGUGAUGCCGACGGCUUUGAUCGGGACGGUUCUCCUGACGCUGAGAGGACGAGGUGUCGGUAUGGCCGAACUGAUACGCAGAGUUGAAUGGCUCAGCGAACGCGUACGAGCGAAAGGUGGACGAGUCGCCCAUUUCGGAAAUUCCCCAACAUCAGUUGUCAUCGAACGAGGCCUAGAAGUCCUAGGUAAAGAUCUUGUCGGAACGGUCGAAGGCCUACCGGAACCGUGCUACUACGCAGUCGACAGGUUUCAAUUAUCAUUUUACCGAAAUAUGACUAUACAUCUAUUCAUCUCCGAGGCAUUGGUAUGUGCCAGUAUAUACACCCGGGUUAAGCGUGGUGGUGGGCGAGACAAUCAAAGGAUAUCGUACGAAGAGCUCCGCCACCAAGUGCAAUUCUUGUCGCAAUUAUUCCGAGGCGAAUUCAUCUAUCCCACCGAAGGUCUGGAGGUUAACUUGGACAACACCCUUCGAAGAUUUGAAGCGGAUAGGAUCCUUGACCUUGUCCGCGAUAGCGAGGGAAAUAUCACCGCCGUGGAUCUGUCAGACGCAGAGCGAGCUGCUGGCCGGGAGAAUUUUGAUUUCUACUGUUUCUUAAUAUGGCCUUUCGUUGAGGCCUUCUGGCUCGGUGCUGUAGCUUUGAUCGGUUUCACGCCUCCUACCGGCUAUCAAGGCGAUACUUGGCUUGAUGUUAAGAAAUGCCAAGAUAGCGCGCAACUACUUGGAAAAACUUUAUACCAUCAGGGUGAUUUAUCAUAUUUCGAAGCCGUCAACAAGGAGACACUGAAGAAUUCCUGGUCGCGCUUCGAAGCAGAGGGCAUGAUCGUGAUCUCCAAAAGCCAAAACGGAAAGAUCCCGCCGAAAAUGAAACUAUCCGAAGAUUGGGCACCACGACGAGAUAAUGCAACUUCGCACAUCGUUCCGAAAGGUAGGUUGUGGGAUUUUACAGAGAAAAUAGCGCAGUCAAGGAUCGAAGGGAAAAAUAGGAGAGAUGGAGCUACGGUCUCUACUAGAGUUUUGCGAUUAACGGAUACGAUUGGGGAGACUUUAUACCUGGAGGCUAUGGAUGAUGCGAACAUGGACGAGGAUGAUAAGGCGCCUCUGAAGAGAAAGCAGAAGAGUGGUUCAAAGAUGCAGGCCAGGGCGCAGUUGUGA